UCGCCUUCAGGAUUCCUCCUGUCCCUCCUGCCCCCCCAGCCCGGCCGCAGAGGGGCUGGAAGAGUGGGUGAAGUUGCUCCAACCCCCCCAUUCCCUUCCUCCUCCUCCUCUCUCCCAGGAAAGCUCCCCACCAUCGCCGACAGACCCCCGGGAAGAUGCCAGGGCUGGUUAACUGGGCGACCCUCUCCCCGCUGCCCCUCACCACGUCGGAGGUGACAUCUUGUGUCAGCGGCUACGCCUUCGGGAUGACAGCCCUGCUCACCUACCACAACCCAGACCCCCAGGCUUUGGAAGGUCUCUUUGUGUUCCCCUUGGAUGAGGGCACGGCCGUCGUGGGCUUCGAGGCGGCCGUGUCCCGGCGCGUGGUGACGGUGCAGAUCAAAGACAAAGCAAAGAUAGAUGACACCUGCUGGGGCUCUUUAGACAGUGCUGAUGUGUGCAGUGGGGGCUGCUUCGGGUGUUUGAUCCAGAGAUGGGGGGAAUGUGUUCCACUGUUGUGCCACCAUGUCUUCCUGGUGUGGUCCUGUCUCUGUGCAGGAAGGAUCCUGAUGGAUGAGGACCUGGAGAGGAUUGUUUUUGUGGCUAACCUGGGCAUGAUUCCUCCCCUGGAAAGCAUCUCCAUCUUCAUCAGCACCUCCUCUGAGCUGCAGACUACGCCCAGUGGGGCUGUGAGGGUCCUUCUGCCGGCUGUGUGUGUCCCCAGGGUCCCCCAGCCCAGCCUGGAGAAUGCCAGCAGCCCUUCCAGCCACCAGCUCCAAACGUACGGAAAACCAGGGCACUGUGGAUCAGGGAGCCCGGAUCAAGGGAGCAGGUUCUGCCUGGCUCAGCUGCUGGAGAGUGAGGCCACCAACCCCUUCGAGUACGAGUUCAGCUUCCACCUGGAGAUUCGGGGGCCGUGCCUGCUGGCAGGCGUCGAGAGCCCCACCCACGAGAUCCGAGCAGACGCCAACCCCUCGGCUCACUCCGCCAAGAGCAUCGUCAUCACCCUGGCCAACAAACACACCUUCGACAGGCCCGUGGAGAUCCUCAUCCAUCCCAGCGAGCCCCACAUGCCUCACAUCUUAAUGGAAGAAGGUGACAUGACACCUGCAGAGUACGAACGACACCUGAAGGGGAAGAAUGAUUUCAUUAAAGGCACUAAGAAAGACCCCAGUGCCGAGAAAAAGACAGAAAUCAUCAGGAAGCGGCUGAACAAGGACAUCCUCCACCACCCCAUCAUCAUGCUCAACUUCUGCCCUGACUUGAGGACUGUUCAGCCAGGCCUUCAGGAUGCCCAAGGCGAGUUUAUCUUCCUCAUAGACCGGAGCAGGAGCAUGAGCAGCGGGAACAUCAACCGUGUCAAGGAUGCCCUGUUGGUCAUUCUCAAGAGCCUGAUGCCAACGUGUCUCUUCAACAUCAUCGGGUUUGGAUCCACCUUUAAGACCCUCUUUCCUGCCAGUCAGGCCUAUUGUGAGGAGAGCCUGGCCCUGGCCUGCAAGAGCAUCAGGAGAAUCCGUGCUGAUAUGGGCAGCACCAACAUCUUGUCCCCUCUGAAGUGGGUCAUCCGUCAGCCCAUCCACAGGGGCCACCCCCGACUGCUCUUCCUGCUGACAGAGGGGGCCAUCAGCAACACGGGGAAGGUUCUGGAGCUGCUGAGGAACCACUCCUGCUCCACCAGGUGCUACAGCUUCGGCAUCGGGCCAAACGCCUGCAGGAGGCUGGUCCGGGGUCUGGCUGCCGUGUCCAGGGGCAGUGCCGAGUUCCUGGCGGAGGGAGAGAGGCUGCAGCCCAAGCUGAUCAGGUCCCUGAAGAAGGCGAUGGCGCCGGUCCUGAGCGACGUGUCCGUGGAGUGGGUCUUCCCCGAGAGCACCAAGGCCUUGGUUUCCCCUGUCAGCACCAGCUGCCUCUUCCCUGGUGACCACUUGGUUGGCUAUGGCGUCAUCUGUGAUACCUCCCUGUACCUCUCCAACCCCAGAUCCGACAAGCGGCGGUGUUACAGCACGAUGCGCUCCCAGGAGUCGGGCAGCUCUGUCUUCUUUCACUCCCAGGAGGAGGGAGCAGACAUGGACAGCUGGAAUCACUCCAGAGACUCGGAGGGCUCCUGCCCUGCCGAGCGCUCCCCCGACCACCUGGGGGUGGGCAGAGAUCCCGGGGGAGAGUCGGACACGGACACGGGAAUGGAUGUGAAGGGUUCCUCCAGGAGACGAGCAUACAGCACCACCCAAAUCGCUGACCACAAGCCUGGCAGGAAGGUGCCCACGGCCAGUGAUCCCAGCACAGCCCUGGUGAAAAACCCCCUUCGGAAAACCCACCUGCAGGACCUGCAGCAGGUCAGCCCCGACCCCUGGCAGGUGGAUUUCCAGCCCUUCCCAGCCAGCCCUCAUGGCUCUACCACCAGGAUCCGUGGCACAGGUGCCAGGCGCCCGUCCCUGCUCCACCACGGCUGUGUGUCCUUCUGCCACGACGCCAACUCCCCGCCAGUGCUGGACGGGCUGCAGCAGACUCCAGGAAGGGGCUUUGAAGCACUCGAUGCCAGUGUGAGCCUGCGGUCCUCGUCGGACAGCCGGAGCCCUGGGGACCCGGAGUCUGCCCAGCAUCCAUCCCUCACGUUGGAGACGGAGACCUCCUGCGAGUGGGAGCCACAGGACCUGGACAUCGGCGCUGCCUGCGGCUCCCCCAGGACCCUCUGCAAGGCGGUGGUGAAGGGGCUGAGGAACAACGAGCCCGUGCAGUGGGAAGUUCCCUUUGACAUCCGCCCUCUCCUCCGGGAGCGGGAGAGCCAGGGGAACGGGGACACAGACCUGUGGAGUGAGACCUUCCACCACCUGGCAGCCAAGUCGGUCAUCCGGGACUUCGAGCAGCUGGCCGAGAAGGAGUGUGAAAUCGAGCACGGGUCCGGGCGGCGGUACCAGCUCAACGCUGUCCACACCAGCAAGGCCUGCAAUGUCAUCAGCAAGUACACGGCGUUUGUGCCAGUGGAUCUGAGCACGGGCUCCUACCUGCCCACCCUGGUCCAGUACACCCACAUAGGUAACGUGUCAGCCUGUGGCCAGAAUGGAGACAAUAGAUUUUACAGCACAAAUGCCGAGGAGAGCAGCCUGUCCCCCUCCAGCACCCCUCCCUCCUCUGCCUGGGAGCGUUGCCGUCUCCCUGAAGGGCCACUCCAGAGCGUGUCUGCUUCCUCUGCACAAGCCCAAAAGUCCAUCGAGAGGCUUUUUGCUGCCAGGCUGACCCUCAAUAAAACCAGGCUGCUGGUUCGAGCUGCCAAAGGGUUCAUGAGUAAAUCUCCAAACAGAGGGAGCAAAGCCAGCUCUGAGGGUGACAAUGAGAGCAUGAACUACCUUCCCCUGGUGUCCCUGCAGCUGGCCUGUGGUGCCUUUCUCCUGAACUCAGCCUUCUGCAGUGCCGUCAACAUCCCCAUGGAGAAGCUGAAGUGGACGUCGCCCUUUGCCUGCCACCGCCUGUCCCUCAGCCCCUCCAGCUCCUACAACACCAAGAAGACCAGUCCCUCCGUGGAGCACAGAAACUUCGGCUCCAGCCAGCAGCUCCUGGUGCCUGAUGGGCACGGGAAGAGUCCCACCAGCAGAGACACCUCUCGGGGCGCGGUGCUGGAAGGCCCCGGCAGCCACAGGGAGGACAGCGGGCGCCUCCGGCACUCCUCGGGCAGCGCGGUGGAGAGCAGCUCCAGAGCCCUGACAGCCGAGAAGGAACCGGCCCCCCCGGCCAUCACCAUCCGCCGCUUCUCCUCCCCGCAGAGCGCGCUGGGCUCGGCCGAGUGGGAACCCGACAGCGGCCGGGGCUGGGAGGCAGACAGCUCCGAGGUGCAGGCACUGCUCCUCCACGUGGAGCUGCAGCGGCAGACGGAGCCCGAGGGGAUGCUCUGGGCCACGGCGGUGGCCCUGGCCUGGCUGGAGCACAGCUCAGCUUCCUACUUCGUCGAGUGGGAGCUGGUGGCUGCCAAAGCCAGCCUGUGGCUGAGCGGGCAGGACUUCCCGGAGGGAUCCAGCCUGGCCACGGUGAAAGCUGCAGCCCAGCAGCUCUUCGUGCUCCUCCGGCACUGGGAUGAAAACCUGGAGUUCAACCUGCUGUGCUACAACCCAGGCAGUGUGUAGAGAGGGUGAGGAGGGAGGCUUGGGCCGAUUACUGAGGGUGCAGGAGCAGGGAUCAAACCUUAAGGAAACACCUCCAAGCCUUCAAGGAGCUCCUCAGCUGCAGGGCUAUGUGUGUUUAUUAGAGCAAACCCUGUGAAUGGAGCAGUCCAGGCUCCAUCCUGCACUCAGCAGUCGGAGUUUUGCCCUGGGAGGGAACCUUCAGCUGCUCUUGCUAUUUAUUUUCAGCUGGAGCAGCACUUCCAGCUACAGCAGUUUCCUCUGAUCCUGGUUCCUUCUGGUUCCCAGAGCAGAUCUUGCUGCCUACUCCACUUGCCCUGUCCGUGCUUGGCUGCCUCUUCCCAGUCCCAAAUUGCUGCCAAGCCCCUGCUGCAGCCCCCCAGCCCUGAGUCCCUGCUCUCCUGAGGCUCCUGACUGGCUCCUGCCAUCUCAGAUGGCUUCCAGGGAAGAUUAACAUCUGACAACAUGCUCAUCACAUGGAUCAAAGGGAAUCUGGGCUGGGAAUGACCAUCUGAACAGCAGCCCUGCUGUCACAGCCAGGAGGAUCAAGCCCAGCCACGCACCAACAAGCUGAGCCAGUUGGAGAGUGGGACCAAACCCCAUCCCAUCCACAUGGUGCUGGGCUCCCUCAGCCCCCCUGCAACCCCAGAGGGAGUUUGUGAGACCCCUUGCAGCCAAUGUGUGCCUUCAAAGCUUCACAGGCAGAGCAGGGGCACCUGGGAUUGAAGGAUCAAGUGCCUAUGGAGGGAAUCGCACGUCUCUGUCUCUGGCAUGGCUGUGAUGCCCGUGGAGCCCAUCCAAAGCCUGCUGCCUUUCACUCCUUUCCUUGACAUGGAGCAGCCUUGCCAUGUCCCACCAGGCUUCUGUCUUGUGUCUGCAUGUCUGGGGAGCAGAUGGGAGGGACAGUGGGGACCCUGAGCACCCCUCUGGUCUCUGCGCUUGGCGUCACCUCUCUGGGGUCCCCAGGAGCUUCCCUCUGGUCUCUGCUCUCAGUGUCAGCUCUCCAGGGUCUCCAGGCAGAUCCCUCCAGUCUCUGCUCUGGUGUCACCUCUCCUGGGGUUCCCAGGACCGUGAACAAACUCUCUGGUCUCUGCUGUGGUGUCACCUCUCCGGGGUCCCAAGGAGGAUCCCUCUGG